AUGCUCGUUAACCAAAGUGCUAUUUUUCUGCGGGGACAUGCUGUAUCGUCUAUGCAAGCAAUAUGAUCAUGUCAUAAUGUUGUCAAAGAACCAAUCUGCACACUUCCCUGGCAGUCACUUGAUCAACUUAGGUGCAAAUAGCUGUAAAUUAAUCAACCAUGGAAUAAAACCCUUGGGUCAACAAUAAAUUCAACGUUGGUAGUGUUGGCAUAAUCCACUAAUUUUCCUGCGAUUUUAGUACUCUUCCAGCCCACUUCAGGUUACUGUGAAAUACACUUCUACUUUGAAAUACACUCUGAGAUCACUGAGAUACAUGUGCGUGGGGUUAUUAACCGAUAGAAUUAAUAAUAAAUUGGAAAAAUGUAAUUUUAUUAAUGAGCAUGCGCUGAACCCUGAACCUGUCCCUUUUAAUUUAGAAAUACAGGUCAUAUAACUGCAUGUACUUAAUAAACAAAUCCAGCUAGUCAUUAGAACAGGAUUUGAACCUCUGGAAUGCAAUUCAGCCACACUGACUGAUGGUAGCCUGCGUGUCAUCACAGAUGUAAUCUAUACCCCCAGUUAGUAAAGUCUGCGAAGCAGCACCAGGAUUCUUGUUCUGACCCCCAACAAAUUUCCCUUCAACCUGAUUGGCAAAUGGACGAUGUCAUCUAUGGACAGGCCAAUAAUGGCGCAGUCUCAGAUCCUGAGGUUCAGUUUUGUCUGUCACACAGGCUGCAAUCCACCUGUAGGAUUGGUUCCGACGCGUUCCAUUUUUCCUUAAUAAUAUAGUCUGAGUGGUCUCUAACCGGUUGGUCCGGUAUAAUGGAAAGCACCCCAGAACUAAGUGAACAACACAAAUUAAAAGAAAGACUGUGAACAACGCAGACAGGAAACUGACGCAAUGGACGCGUCACCUGGAACAAGAGUACGCGUCUGUGCUGACGAGUGUCCACGUCAUGAAAAGAUUUUUCUUUGUAUAAAUUCACUGUGACAGCUUUGCUUUUUGGGGGAAUUGUUGUGAAAAACAAAGCAAAUCCUCGUAUAAAAAAGCAUGGUAGUUACUCAUUCUAAGGAACUUUUCAUGAGGGAAUUUGACCAUGAUUAAUCGAGAUAAAUUUGGCGACGUGCAGGGUUUUCGUUUGUAAAAUAAUCGUUUGGCAUCCUAGGUUUUAAAUGUACAGUGAAACCCCACCUUGCGGCCACCUCGGUAAUACGGUCACUUCGUUUUUAGGGCCACUUUGUUUUGGCCGCCUGGCAAAACGGCCAUAUAUUUUCUUGAAAAAAAAAGAACGCUUGUUAAUACGGCCUAAUCUUUUUGGCCCAUUGGUGAUCGUAUAUUAACGGGGUUCCACUGUAAUUGUAAUUCUACAAAUGCAUGUUCUUACUCCUGAAGAAAUAUCAGAAUUAGAACCUCUUAUUAACGACCACCUAUUCUAAGCGACUCACGACCACCUUUUGACCUGAUAGCUUCAAGGUUUCCCUUGUUUUUAACCUCUUGUAAGUAACUAGUGGACAUAUAGUAUAUAUAAACUCUUUGCUCGCUGUAUGUACUACGCCACUCAGAGUGUACAUAAAACUUUCAGUGACAACAUGCAUUUACAAGUACACCAUUUAUAUUAGAGACCUUUAGCAUCAGGUUUUUCAUGGGAAACUGCAAACCGCAAAAUGUCACGUGACCACGGCCUUGCGGUCACGUUUGUAGUUUGCAGUUCACGUUUGAACCGCAGGGAGGGCUUCCAGCAGUAAGUGAUUUACGGCAAGGUUUUUUACCACAAAAAAUUGUACAGCCUGACGUUUAGAGGUCUGAACUAGCUUUUUAUAUCCGUUUGCGAUGUGUUUGUUGGAUUUUUCAUCUCGAAUCAAUGAAUUAUUGCUGAUUUUUGGGCGAUUAAAGUGACGCGCUUCGACUUAAUGAAAAUGACAUGGCGGCCCUAAACAAUGAACGCGUAGUUCAAAUCGAUUUUAUAUUCCUUCCUGCCGUACUAACAAAAGAAAGUAUUCUGUUCCAAUCCAGAGUUAAAUUUUUUUUUCUUUCUUGUUACUGAAUUCAUAACUUAACUCAGUCUCUGUAGUUACUUAGUUCCUAUUUUUAACGUAUCACUCCGCGAAUUUCAUUUUAUUUUGCUUAUUUCUUUGAGACUGGGGAGCCCAGGCUUCAUAAGCCUUCUGGUUUCUUCUGGGCUCCCUUGUAACCUUACAAUUCCUAUGUGAUUGCUUGUAUUGUAUUAUAUUUUGGCUAAAUAAAACUGAACGGAACUGAACUGAACUGAACGCCUUGCUAAAGUUUGAAAUCUCGGCAACGCGAAACUGCAAACGCGUAACUGCAAACUGCGGUUUACGGUUUGCCUGAUGCUAAAGGUCUCUAUUAACUUAGAAAUUACAUACGAUAAAUUCUCUUACAAAAAAGAAAUGUGUCGGGUCCUCUUCUUAAAAAGGAAUAACCGUAAGGUUUGAUUAUCUGUCGCUCUAACUAAUCUGUGGACAGAAUCCUGUGGUCUCACCACUCACAUCAAACCUCUUUUUCUGAACUUUUGGGCAGCAAUUAGGGUCAUUUAUUUCGUAGGAUUUUACUGUUUAUACUACUACAUGAGAAAUUUCUACAAUUUGAUCGGCUUAGAGCAGUGGUAUUUCAGCGUAAUUUGAAAUACCUACUUGUAAAAAUUACAAACCUUUUGCGGGUAGUAGAAUAAACAAAUAAUAAGCAUGAUUUGUAGAUGAUAGUUGGCACAAACAUCACCUGUGAUAUUUCAAAAUUGUCUCAAAUUUUACUCGCCUAACGGCUUGUGAAAUUAAAUAUAACAAUUUCAAAAUAUCUAAUCACUCGUGGUAUUUAUAUACGAACUGUUUGAUUGGUUACCAUACUGCAGGAGUGAAAUGGGGUUUUCUUUUAAGAGUGUGUAGAUUGAUUUUAUUUUAAUCCAUUUGGUAUUUAUUUCGUCUCAGAUGCUCCCACAGCAACUACUUUUACAACUGGAACUCCAAACAAUGCUGUAGUACAAGGAACAUCAGUAACCCUUACAUGCAGUGCAAAUGGAUAUCCAGCUCCAGUGUAUACCCUAAAACUUGGAAACACAAUACUUGUCCAGAACUCUGCGACAGGAACAUAUGACAUCAGUAACGUACAGCUUAAUACUCACGAUGGUCAGGUGUAUUCUUGUGAGCCAAGCAAUGCAGAAGGAAGUGGACCACCACAAAGCCUUACUCUCACUGUACAUGGUAAGCUCUAGCUGGUACAUCUUUCAACCCCUAAUAUACAAUAUCCACAUAUAAAUUCUCCACACUGGCCUCCUUACAUUUCUUUCAAGUAUUAGCUUAGAGAAUCUGAUAAUAGAUUAAAGCUUUUUUCCUCUGGGCCGGGUUGUUCGAAGCUGGGUUAAGAUAGCCAGGGUUAGUGCAAAAUUUGAACUUAGAUUAGAGAGCUUAAAAAGUAAAUCCAGGUUAAUUCUCUUUGCCUACAACUUGAUGACUAGAUACUCUAAAAAGAAUAGAGAAAAUUAUCCUAGAGAGUGCCUUUGAUGAAAAGAAAAAGAAACCCAGGUAAGCGCUAAGCGGCAUUCGGACAACUGGGCCCUGGUGAUUAUUUCACUUUUUCUCAUAACGUUUCCUUUUAUAUUAUUGUAUUGAUGUUGUAAGAAGAAAAUUGUCGUUGAUCACUUUUGGGACUUGAGGCAAAUGCUGAAUUAUGCCUGGUCUUGAACUGAAGGACUGUCAAGGAAAGAUCUGCAAAAACAGCUACUAACAGCAAAGUUUCAAGACUGUGUUCACCAAAAACUCAAAUUUACCAACUUAACUCUCACUGCUCACUUUUGGGAGCAAGGCUUGGCGCAGUGGUGAGAGCACUGUCCUCCCACCAAUGUGACCCGGGUUCGAAUCCUGGCGUCGACGCCAUAUGUGGGUUGAGUUUGUUGUUGGUUCUCUCCCUUGCUCCGAGAUGUUUUUCGCCGGGCACUCCGGUUUUCCCCUCUCCUCAAAAACCAACACUUCCAAAUUCCAAUUCGAUCUGAAACGCAGGGAGACGUUUCAACGAGUUGUCAUGAACUCCCAAGUGCUCCGUGGGUAAACAAAUUACAAUUACACUGGAUAUGUAGGAUAAAUUUGCUUCCUUGAAACUGAAGUUACGCUCACUGAAAGCUUGCCGAAGCUGCCAAACGGUUACAGAACCCCAGAACACCGCGCCGCAAGCACUGAUCAUCAGCGCGAAUUUCUGAACGGCUACUUGACUGUACAACAUCGUUCCUUGCAGAAAACAAAAUCAUUGUGUCAAAACCUUGCUUCUCGGAACUCGAGACUCGAUCCUCGCGUCUCGAAACUCGAAACGUAAUCGAGUCUCGAGAAUCAAAUAGAGACUGUCAACUUAGGGCCUGUUUACAAGGAGAGAGGGUUACUCUUGUGCUAGGGUUACCCUAGCAAGUGGGUUUAAGUUAAAUCUGGUUUACAAGCAAAUUUAGCAGGUAGGGUUACCCUAUCACCAGGGUCAACUUUAACAGCUUUACUGACGUGUUUCGUCAUGCGUGACAUUCUUUGUAACGUUCAAGAUUUGAAAUAAGACUUGAGGUUCUCUAUGGAAAAUACCUCAUAAAGUUCAGAAAUUGGAUAAUUCCAUCCAAAUUGUCAAGAUUACUGGUCACGCAUGAUGGAGGAAAGUUGUCCCUGGUAGGCGAGUUAUCGUUAGCAGAGCGUUUACAAGGAAGAUACAACGUAGGGUAACCGUCUUGCUAGGGUAAAUCCUAGCACUCAGGUAGGGUUACCAGGGGGCAAAGAAAGUCAUUUUUACAGUUUGCCAUUCGGGCAAGCUGAAGCUAAUAUUUACUAGCCCAAACAUCAUUUCAACCAGCCCCAAAAACGUUUUGAUGAGCAAAUUGAUGUAAUUUGAAUUCCUCAAAAAACACUUCACUUGCCCAUGGGGCAAGUUAAUAACAGAAUUCACUAGCCCGAUAGCAGAAUUCACUAGCCCCGGGCUAUCAGACACUACUUUCUUUGCACGCUGGGUUACCCUUAGGCUAAUGUUAGGGUAACCCUACGUGUGCUGUAAACAUGUCGUGUAAAAAAAGAAGAAAUGUGUGAGUGCUAGGGUAAACCCUAUGACAGGGUUGAAAAAUCAUUGAAUUUUAGGGGAAGUCCUUGUAAAGUCCUUGAAUUCCAUUUUUCCUUCAAGAGUCCUUAAAUUUCUAUGCAAGUCCUUGAAAAGUCCUUGAAUGUAGCGGCCUGGAAAGUGUUUUUUGAUAUUUUUUGGUUGUCCAAGACAGAAUAUGAAUCAUAGCUCAGAGAAGUUAACGGUUAUUUACACAAAGUGCUCAAUGUUUUAUGCAAUAAUUAACUAUUAAUUUAAGACAGGUGAACUGAAAAAUGUAGGGAAGUUGGUGAAGCAAACAGUUCAAGCCUUAAAGUCUUAUUAGAAUAGACUGGGAAUGUGCAGUUUUGUACAAUUAUAUUCCUAGUAGAUGGUCCUGGAAAAUCUAAUGUAGUCCUUGAAAAGUCCUUGAAAAAUGGUUACAAUUUUUUGUAUGAACCCUGUAUGAGUGCAAGGUUACCCUAGUGUUAGGGUAACCCCACCUGCCUUGUAAACAUGUCGUGUAAAAAAAGAAGAAAUGUGUUAGUGCUAGGGUAUAACCCUCUUGCUAGGGUAACCCUAGCAGCAGGGUCACCCUCCCUCCUCGUAAACAGGGCCUUACUUUUGAGCGGUACUGUAUACAGUUUUUUUAACACACAAAUUGAGGCUUUUCAAUUUUUUUCCUAUUUUUUAUGCUGCGCUGUAUAAGCAGUUGUAGGGUGGCGUUUUGUGCGUGCACAAGGCAACUCCAACAGGGAAGAGCCACCCAUUGGAUCUGUUAAUAAACCAUUAUCAUUAUUAUUAUUGUUAUUAUUAUUAUUACUUAUACACCUCAUCUUAAUAACAAUAAUAAUAAUAAUCGUAAUAAUAAUAAUAAUAAUGAUAAUAAUAAUAAAUAAUAAUAACAGAAAUAAUGCCUUUAUUUCGCCCGUUAAAAUACGUAAACGUUACAGAGAGUGAAGUAUACAAAUCAUGAAAAUCGAACAAAUUAUUUACAGUUAUCAUAUAAAACCUGAUAAAACAUUGAAUAUCUAUAGUGUUAAAUUCCUAAGUUGUAUUUAAACCUUAUUCUAUUAAAGUAACAAUUGUUAAAACGUUCUGUAUUAAUCCGUGGUAAUUGACUUGACUCAAAGGUGAAUCAGAGCCACCCUGAUUUUCACGUCUGUGCCAUACCAUAUAAGUGAUUUAUUCUUUUGUCCCUAAUGCAGAAGAUAGAAAUCACAGUUAUGAAUUUUUGUUGCUGGUUAGUGCUCUUCAGAACAGUUCACCACGUACUUUUUGCAUUAUCUUUCACAGUUCGUCCAAGAUUUAAUCCUCCUCAGACACUGCCAACAACCAAACAGAUCAGGAACGAGAAUCAAACUAUGGACUACACUUGCACGGCUGAAGCCAAACCUUACGCAAGCAUUCGCUGGAUGUUAAAUGGGCAGAAUCUGACCAACAUCGCACCUUACAACAUCACAGAAAGAAUUUCUGGCCCAGCAGCUUCAAGACUCUUCACGACCUUUGGAUAUCUGAACAUAAAGCAUCUUACGUGGCAACAGUAUGGAAACUUCUCUUGUGUGGCUAUCAAUGAUGCUGGCUCUGUAAAGCAAAACACGGAACUUGAAGUCAGAUGUAAGUCAUGAAUACCAUAAACUGCUGUUUAUAAGCUCCUCUACUGAUGAGCCCCCCUUCCCCUUUAAAUCCGAUUAUAAUCCCUCCCUGAUACAAUCCCCUUCAUAAUGUAUUCAGAUGGAUUUGAUUUAUUUUGACGUUUUGAUACUUAAAUAAACACUAGCAGUGAUUUUAUUACAAACAGUUGUGGUGAGUCCUUGGACUUAUCUUGUAAAAAAAUCACGAGUCACAAUCCAGAACCGAUGAGCCCCAGUUCAAAAAACAACGAGUCCUCACUUGAAAAUGCGUGGGAUUUUAUCAAACCAGGCAUUUAAUCUGAAGACAGACUCCAAAACUCCAUAGUAGAGUAUACUGAAAUUAAAAUACAGUCCUUCUAUUUUAAAGCAUAGCAAAGGCUAAAUAAAACAUUUAACCUUUGUUAUGCCUUAAAAUAACAGCCGUAACUGCCACAGAAGUCACUCGAACAGGAUAUUCCACAAAAUCACAUCUUCAUAUCGAUCGACCGGUUUUGGCCAUGCCAUGAAUUAUUUUGCAUCUAUGGGGAUUUUAAUGCGUCAGAGAUGCAGGACGCAGAGGUAACCAAUUCACUGCACUAGUUAAUGCAAGACGUAUUUCGAUCAACACUGACAAAGCUUCUUUCGAAACGCUUUUUCUGUUCAGGGGCGUAGCCAGCUUUUCGACUAGAUGUAGGCCUGGCUGACCUUCAUUUCAACAUAUCCUGAAAAUUCCACGCAUGACCAGUACGCACUGACCUCACCAACACUUUGAGCUCUUAAGCUUUUCAGCUCACCCCAAGAACGCAUUAUUUUUUACAAGCGGUAUAGUGAUCAAACCAAAAGUUUGUAGGCCCGGGCUCCUGCUGUUCCAGUUUUAUACCCCCUUGGAUAUAAACUCCUCGGUUCAUACGUUCUCCUAAAAACCCCAUGCGAAGAUGUAUAAGGCUUAAGCCCAGGGCUUAUUAAAAGCUAACGUUUACGGUAUUAUUAGGUCCUCUAUCAGUGCUGGAAAAAAAGUAAUGAAUUCCAGCUGUCACAUUUUGCUUGCUUGUCUUUGUUGAUGGUUCAGUUGCAAGACGUUUUGCUCGAAUCUUCGCUUAUUGGGAUUCAAGUGACCUUAAAGACUGCCUAGCUAGGAAAUCUACUCGCCCAGGAUGACUGGCCCGGGCCGGGAUUUUUUGAUGCCCUGAUUCUAUUCUAUUAUAUAAAGUGAAUCAGAGAAUGCGAAAUUACAAGAACAUUCCCUCUGGUUUACCCCUUCUUGCAGUGAAUUGCUGGUUUUCACAUAACGUCGUCAAAAUUCAAUACUAGAGAAUUAUCAAUCCUCUUGAGUUGUUACCUUCAAGAAGGAUUGGAGCAGCUAAAAACUCAUUUUCACGCAAAUUUUCACUCCGAAAGGGCGCUUUGUUUUGCGAUACAGUACGCUUGAAUUUCUAAACCUUUGCGUGAAGCGGAAAUUACUUGGCGGCCGAGAUAUCUGUCAUGUGGGUUAAAAGAAGGGACUCAUUUUGGGGCAUUUUGAUAUAGGAACAGUCAUUGUACUUGAAAACAGUAUUACAGUACUUAUUUUAAGAGUUCUUAAGAGAUGAAUUACGCUUUCAUAGCAAAACGCAGUAACAUAUGUUUCUGUUGGUUUACGGUCGUCAUGUUGGUAGUCAUCCGGAUGGACACCAACAUGACACCAUACAAUGCUCUCUAAAGUUUGGGUAAAACAUUUCUCCGAAUAUGUCGCAUAAUAUUAUGAAAAGUUGCACUUACCGGAAUCUUGGUGAGAAUCUUUCCAUAUUUAUCUCCUUUCAUAUUCCAGAUUCUGUUCUUAGUCUAUUCAACGGUUUUGAUUCUUAUUUUUGAUGGCGGGUGACAGGGAAAACCAGCAAUACUCCUCAUUCGCCGACCAAAACAAGAUCUCCUGAGAUUUUGAUCUUCUGUUCAUUUUGUUAUCAGAUCGACCAGUUGUUCAGUCUCCUGCUGAUCAUCUUAAAAACCUCACCCUGGCAGAAGGAGAGACGGCAACUUUCAACUGUAAAACAAUCGGCAACCCACCAACCACAGCUCACAAAUGGCAGUUUAAAGGAAAUGAUUUGCAAGGAGAAGCGUGCAAUAAUUGCCCAACAACAACUUUGAGAAUAGGAUCAGUAGAACGAAAGGAUGAAGGAUCGUAUGGCUGUGUUGGGACUAAUUCAUUGGGUGAUGGGCCUCCUGCGAAAGCACAGUUGCUUAUUAAACGUGAGUAACCAGCGGCUACCAUUUCUGAUUUCAGCCCUUCAAGUUGCGAUAUGGGCAUACAAAUUCUACAGAAUGACCUCCAUACACAUUUUCCCUUAAGCAGAGUUUGUCAUGCGUGGAAAGUCAUGAAAUUUAACAAUUUCAUUUUCCAAGUCAUAGAAAAUUAAAGUUUGUUAUGUUUGGUAGAUUGGUUACUGCAGUUGUCAAAACAAGAAAGAUAGAGACAAGUGAUUAAACAGCACGAAUGGCACCCUUUUUGGGGAUACCAGAGUUUGUCUAAUGAACUAAGUUUGGUCAAAAACUACCAUUUGUAAUGUUUGUGAACUAACUCCGCAAUGCCCAUACUGACAGUCUUUCUACAUUAAAUCUCUUAAAUUAUAGAACAAAAGGGCUUCAAGUGACUUACAUUUUUCUUUGCCUACAGCCUGGCUAUGUUAAUGUGCAAAAACAGAAAAAAAAACUUAUUAACUUUAUGUCUACUAGUGUAAUUUUUUAUUUGUGAACGUUUUUGUAUUUUACAAAGAAAUAAAACCUAAGAUGUACCGUUAAGAUUAGACGUUUUGUUCAAGAGUGAGAAUGUGCUGUCAACAUUGCCAGCGAGAGAAGUUUUCGGCCAGUCAAGUCGCCGAUCUGGCCGGUAACUGUCACUUGAUCGGCCUUUAUCUUGCGCCCUGGUUUAUCAUUCUUCUUUCACAAUCUCAUCUCAUUUGCACGUGCAUGCUUCAUUUUCGUGGAGAGUAAGAAAUGGUAGUUGAUUUUUUUUUAUAGGCAAACCAACAAUUGACUAUUUUCCUAAAAGUGUGUACACGAUCAAUGAAACCAACAACAUCACCAUGGUGUGUGGGGCUGAUGGCGUCCCUAGACCAACCAUUACUUGGAAGAAGAUGAGCAGUGGCAGGAUUGUAGGAGAAGGGGAAGAGUUUCAUAUCGUGGCCGCUUCUAAGACUGAUGAUGGUGUAUACAUUUGUUUUGCACAAAAUGAGUUGGGCGAUGAUUCCAAAGGAGUCACACUCCAGGUUCAAAGUAAGUUAGUGGCUGGGUAGUAUUAGAGACAUUUUAGAUUCUAAGGAGAGUACGACUACAAGUACGAGAUUUUCUCAAUAAUAAGUAGUGUACGCGCGUGAACCAGCAUCAAUUUGGCGGGAAAACGUGGUAGCCGUCGUCGUUCUACUACGAGUUUUCGCGCGAAUGUUGUGGUGGCGAAAACAAGAUAUCAAAUGUUAAAAGUUUUAUUAUUUUGCCAUCGGGAGAGCGCGUAACUUCGUUCACUAAAGAUAACUAUGCUAACUUUUCUAGUGAAAAAUGGCAAAAUGAAGCUUUCGGGUAGUCUUUAUUUUGAGAAGACGCGAAAAAACUUCAGCUCAAAUCUCGUACUCGCAGUCGUCCUCGUCCUGGUAUCUAAAGGUCUCUAAUGUUAUGUUACGGGGUAACCUGCGUAGAAAGCGUUUUGUAGCCAGCGUCGCAGACGUAAUUUAUUCCCGGUUAAUAACGUCUGCGAAGCAGCGCCCAAAUCCCCGUUCUGGGCCCCCAACGGACUCAACGAAUUACCGGAAAUCGACCAUGGCCUUUUAAACAGGCCAAUCAUGGCGCGUACUCAAAUCUUGGUACACAGGGGGUGGGCCCAGCAGAUGUAUUUUGGCAUUGUCUCGCAGACGUACUUAACCAGAGUUUUAUAGUUUUGUUUGUGGCGCAGAUUUUUACAUGCAUAUAAACUGAAGUCUAUUAUGUCUAGUAACGUAGCCUGAAACUGUUUUGUUUGAUGGAAAAAGUUGCACGAGUAGAUUAUUCGUUUUCUGAUAGAUUCAAAUAAAAUCCACUUAGCUGCCUCAAAAAAAGUUCUCAGGGACUCCUGCCAUGAAAACCCCAAUCAGGCAGGAAGAAAAACAGUUGUUUACAUGCAUGUUGCUGUAUAACUACGUGUAAUAAACAAAUCCAGCUAGUAAUUAGAAUAGGAUUUGAACCUCUGGGCCGGGUUGUUCAAAGCAGGGUUAAGUUAACCCAGGGUUAGCAAGAAAUUUGAUUUCAGAUAGGAUACCUUAAAAAGAAAAUUCAGUUUUAUUCCUUUUCCCUACAAUUUCAUGAUUGGAUGCUCUAAGAAGAAGAGAGAAAAUUAUCCAGGGAAAGGCUUUUGAACAAAAGAAAAGGAUACCCAGGUUAAAAUUUAACCCUGGGUUAGCAUUAGUCGGCCUUCGAGCAACUGGGCCCUGGAAUGCAAUUCAUGGCCACACUGACUGUUGGUAGCCUGCGUGCCGUCACAGCUGUAAUCUACCCCCAGUUAGUAAUGUCUGCGAAUCAGCGCCAGGAUUCUUGUCCUGAGCCCCAACAGUCUCAGUAAAUAACUAGAGGUGCGUUGCAAAUUUCCCUUCAACCUGAUUGGCAAAUGGACGAUGGCAUCUAUGGACAGGCCAAUGAUGGCGCAUUCUCAAAUCCUGAGGUUUAGUUUUGUCGGUCGCACAGGCUACAAUCCACCUGCAGGAUUAUACAACAUUCUGAAACUGUAUUAAUAAAGUUUUUUUUAUGUUUUUAGACAAGCCUCAAAUAACUUUUCUGACCGCGAAUCAAACAGCAAAUGAUGGCACUGAUGUGUCAUUCUUCUGUCGAGCUGAUGCUGUUCCCACACCUACCGCAUACAACUGGUUUAAAAAUGGAGUAACAAUACCCAGUGGUCCAAGUGGAGAUUUUGUCAAUUCUGGUCAAGAAUUAACAGUGAAAAAUGUUAAAAAGGACAGUGCUGGCCGAUACAGUUGUUCUAGCACGAAUAUUGUCGGAACUGGAGAAGAAAAAUCUACUUUUCUCGCUGUUAACUGUGAGUUAAACUUAUUUUUUUCUUAGCAGCUUCUCUUAAGUAAACUUGUUUUCUUACCCUUUAACUCAAACUACAUGUAAUCUUUUUGCACCUUAUAACACUUGGUCAAUCCAAAGAAUAUCAUAAAAAUUAGGGCCCCCAAAAACCCUUAAAUUCAGCUUGGUCUUUUGGACAGUCAAGCAGCGCCCUCUUUUUGCUUGCUUAGUUUUCUUUUUCCAUCAUUCCUCUCCGGCCCAGUUUAACUUGAAAACAAUGUACUAGUGAUAACCAAAGGUUAGGAAAUGCAGGCGAGUUUCAGGAUUCUGAUCGAAGUCAAAAUCACUCUCGCUUCAAUGCUGGUUCAUUAAACAUGUUUCACGCGAUAGAAGGUCAAAACGUGCAUGAUCAGAUUACAAGCGAAAGAAGGUCCAAAUGCACAUGAGCACAUGGCAUUCUAUGCAUUUCAUAAUAUUUAGUGGAAGUAAAAAUGAAUGCUGGCUACAUUCCAUAAUAGUAUAUGUGCUGCAGUUAAUUUUUUAUUUCACUUAAUUUUUGUUCCUCCUUUGUUUUGAAUUCAUUAGCACACAUUACCAUACCCAAAAACAAUGGAAAAAAAUUAACUGAAAUAAAAAAUUAACUACAACAUACACAUCUAGCCGGGUUUACGAAAACCCGCACAAGUGGACUCCUGGAGACCACACACCUUAAACUGACUCAACUAAAAUAAAUAUUGUCCAGAAACUCAGCUCUUACCCAUGGUUCUCUUAAGGUGACUCUCUUCUUGGUUCCUGAUUAGCAAAAGAAACAUUCAAGUCCAUGAAAAAGACACUCUGGACUUGGCCAUACACUCUAGCUGCUUGAAGGCUCUAAAUGACAGAGGAUGCUUGAUACUUAAGUUCUAAGCAGAGAAUUCAAGAUUAAAUCACCCCCCCUGACAUCCUCCCUCCCAGCCUAGCACGUGGUUGAGGGGAAUGCUUUUGUUGGCCAAUGGGCCUCAAACAUUACAAGAAUUUGACAUGACAAACUAAAGGCAGACAUGACGAGUGCACUGACUCUCCCAGAGCAAGACUAACUGACAGUACCACGCUUUUGCAGCACCCUCCCCCCUAAGUUUUGAUAUGGAGUCCCCUUCCCAACCCAUGGCGAGCUAGCUCAGGGACUGGGCUUGACAAUGAGACCAACCAGGACAGCAAGUUCCUUAGGUUUUUUCUCACCGCAGUGACCAGAAACCUGGCUAUCGCCAGGCUCGUGUAAUCAGUGUUCUUCUCAUCUUACCGCCGGCAACGGCCUGAAGGCUUACUGAACUUAAAGAAGUACUUUUAAAAAAUACACUUCAAACUUGUGAUCUGAUCCGAUUCUUACAUGCCACAAGGAAAUGAACGAAUAUAUGUAAAAGUACUAAAGUAUGGACAGCUUUUCUUUUUAUGGGCCGUGCAUUUUGGAAAAAGAACAUUGGAGAAAGAGUAAAAUUAUUGUAAUCAAUCGUUUUAAAUUGUUGUAUAAAGGUAGAAACGGCCGUUUUGCAUAAAAUAGGGCUGGAAAUAGGGGAAUGACGUUUCAGAAAACUUAUCAGCUCCUAAAUUUCCCAGCAAGGGCGGGGUCAUGUCCUGCACUCCACUACCACCCUGCCCCCAAGAAAAGUGCAUCUCUAGUGCAUAUUUUUUGCCUUACUGGCUAUGAAUGGUCCAAUUAUCUGCUUAUCUAUAAUGAGCAUAAUUAUUAUUAUGGCAGUACAAACGUCUAGAUGCCCAGAGUAAAAAUUAGAAGCUGUGGAUGAGCGGCAAAUCGUAACCAGUCGUAGCAUCGACUAAAAUUUGCAAUAACAAUUAUACAAUAAUUUGCGCAAAAAAAACCUGGAUAAAAAUGAUUUGAUAAAAGUGUCAUAAAAAAACUUACAAGCUUUAUGGACGUCUUGAUUAUAAAAUAGAAAUGUUCAUAAGUUAAAAACUAUCGUUCAUAUAGCUGUCCAUUAAACUGUGAGAACGUCUAAGGUAUGUCAAUAAAAUUUACAAGUUUAAGUAUCUGUUAAAAUAGGUGUUUAAAAUUCUUGUAGAUAUCUAACCGCUCAGUUUGAAUAUUCUAGCAAUGUGUAAUGAACUAGACAGGAUUGUCUUCUGCAUUUGGCGCAUAACUGAUUCACACUUGUCUCCUGCAAGCUCUUUUAUAUUUUGCUCAACCUCUUUCGCACAUCCUCCAAGGACAUCGAUGAUGAUGUUAUAUUGAUUGACCUUGUACUGAAGAUAUCGGUUCGUCAGCUCUAGUCUCAGUUGACUGUACUUCGUUGUCUUCUCGAAAUCUUUAGACUCUCUAUUUCUCUAUUUUCCAGUCAUGGACAGCUGAGUUCAAUCUCUCUGACUUGAUUUCUGGUCUUGUCAAUGAUCGUGGCAUCGAUUCUAUUAGCUUUUACUCGAGUUGUGUCAGCGAAUAAUAGGACGUCCCAGAAGGCGGUUGCACGCUCAUUCUCGUACAGCGGCUUGGUUGUAACUUGUGAGAACCACGGUUCAACUUUAGCAGUAAAUAAUAAAUAAAUAAAUAAAUAAAUAAAUAAAUAAAUAAAUAAAGAUUUGGAGGUAGCACAUGCGCAAAGUGGUUCUUCGUUUACCUGAUUCCUGGUCGAAAUGGAAGUUAGAAAUGUUCGUUUUUGAGGAGAGGGGAAAACCGGAGUACCCGGAGAAAAACCUCUCGGCGCAAGGGAGAGAACCAUCAACAAACUCAACCCAUGUAUGAAGUCGAAGCCGGGAUUUGAACCCGGGUCGCAUUGGUGGGAGGUGAGCGCUCUCAUCACUGCGCCAUCCCUUGCUCCCCUUGCUAAUGAGAUCUAAAGAUCUAAGGACUUCAAAGUGUAUGAUCUUGAAAGCAUUGUUAUGUCUCUGUAGCUACUUUGUAGCCAGUGCACUUCAGAAUGUGCUGCACAUUCUCCAGGGAAUCCCGCAUAGGCGGCAUUUUUCAUCAGUGACUUGUGAUUUUUUUUUCUCUUGUAGUAAACCUUGGUAGGUAACAGUUGUUGGUAAAGUUCUUGUACUCCAGCGAUGGUAUCCGUUGGGGCAUUCUUCCAUAAAGCAAGUCACGCAAAGCACUCCUCCAGUUUAACUUUCUCGUCGUCCCAUCUGUUCUUGAUAAGCACUCCUUGUCCUCUCCCUCAGAUAUCGUUGAUUGUAUCUCCUGCUUGCGGGCUUUGUAGAUGGCCUGCUGGGGCAGGGAAGUUUAACCACAACUGUAGAUCCAGCUCCUAAGCGUACUUCUUAGCGUUUUUAAUGAUGGAGUGGCGUCCAUUCUGUACGGCUAGCUCUUCAAACGAUCUUACGGUUAUCAUCGUAGGGUCAGCGUUGCAAUAGAGCUUUACUGCUGCUUUGAUCUUAGUGUUCUUGUAUUCAUUCUCCACGGACUUGAGACCUCCGUCCACCGAGCUUCCUAGACAUCUAGAGUAUCGCUGUAGAUCCCUUAGGGUGAUUUCCUCCAUUCUCCACGAUGGUCUUUCUUCCCUCUCAGUCAAGCUGUCGGAUGUUUGCUAUCGGCCAAGUUGGUGUCCACAUCAAGUAUGUAAGUACUGGUUAAGGGUACUGAUUGAACGCCACUACAUUUGCCUGAUCUGACAAUGGGCUGGACCAGAUGAUUGAUAGCCUCUGUAAGUAUGUCUUUGCUGCGGCUUCCAAUACUUGCUUGGUGUUUUCGAAGACGCCUAGGAACUUAUAGUUGUUAUGUUGGUCCAGGCUCUUGAUACGUGUAAGAUCAGCUAUCUUCAUAUCUCCACUUCCUUGCUCAACUUGUCCCCUUUUAACGUGUAUCACUGCACACUUCUUCUCAUUCCACUUCAAACCGGUGAUUUCCAUUCCAUUCUUUGUCACUGUCAUGACUCGUUUUACUAGCUUGUUCUCAGAAGCAGCAAACAACUUCAUGUCGUCGAUGUAUAGCAGGUGAGUGGUCUUAGUUGAUAUAGGCUUAGAUCGCCUGUAUUCCUCAUCCGUACCUUCCAUGCGAUUGGAUUUAAGCACGACAUGAACAACAUGGGACAGAGCGCAUCACCUUUCGGCAGUCCUUUCUUAAAACGUAUUUUAGGAGAGAUGUCUUUGCCUUUGGUCGUUUGGGCAACAAUCCUAGUAUUCCAGCUGUUAGCAAGCUUCUCUAUCACCUUAGCAAGCCAUAUAGGGAACCUCUGUAAGGUGAACACUUCAGAUAAGCAACCAUGAUCAACAAAAUCAAACACAUGUCAUUAUUAUUAUCGUUAUUAUGAGUAUUACUAGUUUAUUUAUUUGUAGGUGUUUUGCUUUUAGAUGCCCCCCAGACAGUCACUGUAACACCCAAUCCAGCAGUCGUCAAGCUGUCACAGAGUAUAACACUAGACUGUGCAGCUGAUGGGUAUCCUGUUCCAGCCUUCUCUUGGCAGUUUAACGGAGCGGUUGUAGGUGGAGCUACACAAAAGACUUAUGCUUUGAAUAAUGCAAAAGUUGAAGAUGCUGGUAACUAUUCAUGCCUGGCGAGGAACUUUCGGGGCACUAAAAAGCCACUCGAGUCGUAAAUGUGGAAUGUAAGUACAGUGGAACAGCAGUGUAUGUGCACAAAAUGAUGAUGUUUAAUACAGUCGAACUUCCAUAUGUGACCACCUCUUGUUAUGCGACAACCCCCCAAAUCCAAACCCCCAAUUUUCCCAGUGAGGCCAGGGAUGCUUUCCAUUAUGCCAAAAUUUCCGGAAAUUUCGGUCCAAACGUGAAUGGAACGGUUCGGCCCAAGAGGAAAUUUUGCUGUUAAAGUGCUGUUAAAGUGGUCCACCUCCAGAAGUGGUCCUCUUUGACUGGUUGGUCCGGAAAAUUGUCGUCCCGUUUUCAGAAAUUGUCGUUUUCAGUCCCGCUUCAGCUGGUCAUUGCACACAGUAGUCAAAAUGGCGGAUGGUUCAGAUAAAAAGUGUUUACGAGGGCAGUGUGUGUAAGCUUCAGACGCAAGACCUAAACUUUGUCCUUAUGCACAGUUGCACAAAAGACUCAGGUACAGCAACGCAUCUUAAUUUGUUUUUUCUUCUGGUUUUCAUCAGUUUUCAAAGACAAAUAUAUUACGGGCUUCUCCGAAUGUUGACGAUGUUUUCCCGAGUUUUUCUCUUCGCAGUAUGUAACCCUAGCCCUAACUACAAUACCCAACAAUCAAUUCGGUCGAAGUUUUGGUAAGGACGCGUUCCGUUUUCUCUUAAUUAGUUCGAGUGGUCUCUAACGGGUAUAAUGGAAAGCACCUAGAACUAAGUGAACAACGCAGACAGGAAACUGUCGCAAGGGACGCGUCAGCUCGGACGAGAGUACGCGUUUGUGCUGACGAGUGUCUAUGUCAUGAAAAGAUUUUUCUUUUGUAUAAAUUGACUGUGACAGCUUUGCUUUUGGGGCAUUGUUGUGAAAAACAAAACAAAUUCUCGGGUAGUCAUUCAUUCUAAGGAACUUUUCACCAUGAUUAAUCGAGAUAAAUUUGCAGACGUGCUGGGUUUCGUUUGUAAAAUAAUCGUUUGGCAUCUUAGGUUUUACAUGUACAGUGAAACCCCACCUUACGGCCACCUCGGUAAUACGGUCACCUCGUUUUACGGCCUGUUUGUUUUGGGCGCCUGGCAAAACGACCCUACAUUUUCUUGUAAAAAAAAAAACCCUCGUUAAUAAGGCCAAAUUUUUUUGGCCCACUGGUGACCGUAUAUCAGUGGGGUUCCACUGUAAUUGGAGUUCUACAAAUGUAUGUUCUUAGUCCUGAGGAGAUACCAGAAUUAGAACCUCUUGUUAACGACCACCAAUUGUAAGCGACCCACAACCACCUUUUGGCCUGAUAGCUUCAAGGUUUCCCUUGUUUUCAAACUCUUGUAAGUGACCGCUUACAAGAGUAUAUUAUAUUAUACACUUAAUGUCAGAUCCCGAGGGAAACAGUUAGUUUUGUUUUCCCGAGAGCCCUGAGUCGAGGGAAACAUCAGGACUCGAGGGAAAACAAAACUAACUGGUUUCCCGAGGGACCUGACAUUAAGUGUUUUGUUAUAUUUCUAGAAUUUCACUUCAACGGCAACAAAAGAAUAACAUGAGCGAACCAAAACAGUCAACUCGGUACUUAUAACAACACAAAUUUAAUUCUUAAAACCACUUAAUGAAUGAUUUACAAAAGUACUUUCCUUAUAUUAUCUGAAUGUUAUUCCUCCACUUGCUGCCGUUUCUCUUCUGGGAUGACUCGAAAAAUCGUUGCUUUUUAGCUUAAGGAUUCGUGUUCGUGGUCAAGCUGUUGUGUUCAUUCACGAAAAAGAAAGCUACUUUCUACCAUGCUUUAAUCACGUGUUGUAAUGUAACCCGAGUGGGGUACAUUACUUGAUCUAUCACGAUCGACAUGCAUUUGAUUUCAGUCAAGGCCACGUGACCAACAAUCAACCAAUGGCAGUCCCUGUUUAGUUGAGUGAAAGUCUGGGAAUAUAACAAAACUCUUUGCUCGCUGUAUGUACUACGCCACUCAGAGUAUAUAUUAAACUUUCAGUGACAGCAUGCAUUUACAAGUACACCAUUUAUAGCGGGGCUUCCAUACAGGGACAGAACCCCAUACUCAUAGAAUAUGGUCAACCGAGCGUACGUACGUAGGCGUCUACAGUUUGUAUGGGUGGGGUAGGGGGAGACCAUGAAAAAGAAGUGAGGGGUGUCUAAAAGAAGGAAUGCCGGGUUCACGCACUCGUGCGUCUUGUUAUAUCUAAUUUAAUGAAGUCGAGCCUAGUUUAUGGGGCUAUUUAGUUUAUGCACAUUUGUAAGAUUUGAGUCAAUGAUUUGACCGAGUACCAGGUAUAGGUGUCGAGUACAAGCUUACAGAACUUUAAAAGCCUUUAGACAUUUUCUCACCGCAGAUAGAAAGAAAACGUUCCAAAGAAUACGUAGUUAUUUUUCUGGCUGUAAAAGAAAGCUGUCAGCGAUUUUCUUGCCUCGAGUUCAUCUUUGAAAAAAGCAAACACCGGGAAGCCGGCUUAAAACACAAACCAGCUGAUUUUACUGUGAGCUGUUUUAUUGGUUACCAUACUGUAAGAGUGAAAUGGGGUUUUCUUUUAAGAGUGUGUGGAUUGAUUUUAUUUUAAUCCAUUUGGUAUUUAUUUCGCCUCAGAUGCUCCCACAGCAACUAUUUAUACAACUGGAAAUCCAAACAAUGCUGUAGUACAAGGAACAUCAGCAACCCUUACAUGCAGUGCAAAUGGAUAUCCAGCUCCAGUAUAUACCCUAAAAAUUGGAAACUCAAUACUUUUCGAGAACUCUGUGACAGGAACAUAUGACAUCAGUAACGUACAGCUUAAUACUCACGAUGGCCAGGUGUAUUCUUGUGAGCCAAGCAAUGCAGAAGGAAAAGGACCAACACAAAGCCUUACUCUCACUGUACAUGGUAAGUUCUAG